AUGACCGCUUUCGAUCUGGUCGACAAUGAAAUAAUGCCACGGAAUCUCCAAUUGCGCGACCUUUGCUCUCGCGCGCGCAAGCGGAUGCUCUUUCUGCCGCCGCGCCCCAUCCCCAUCCCACCCCGCAGAGCCAACCCGCAAGACGCCUCGCCGCUGCUCCGUCUCCCGCCCGAGCUGCGUCUGGCCGUCUGGCACGCGUGCUUCCCGACGCAGGUGCUUCACAUCCUCAGUACGGAGGACGGAACGAUUCGCGUCGAGCUCUGCGCCGCCCUCGCGGACACGAGCGACUUUCAGGGCUCGACCCAUCCGCACGACUGCGGCGCGACGAGAUGGGGGCACGCCCACCUGUCGCUCCUGUACACGUGUAGGAGAAUCUACUCGGAAUGCAUUGAUCUGCUCUAUCGACGCACCGUCUUCGACUUCUCACGCUCCCCGCGCGCCCUGACGCGCAUGCCCGGGUGGCUCCCGGCGGCGCACAGGGCCCGCAUCGCGCACGUCAGCGUCGGCCUGCAGUUCUUCCGCCCGCUGUACCUGAAGGCGAAGAAGAACACGGGACAGCGAGAGAAGCUUUGGGUGGACGUGUGGCGGGCGCUGGCGGCGCUCGAGGGGCUGGAGUGGCUGCAUUUCGAGAUGAGCCUGGGCUUCAACUACCCGGUCCUGGUCGCGGAGUGGAAGGGUCUGGAGGCGUCCAUCCUGGCGCUGGUGCGGCCGGUGACGCGUCCGUCGCACUUUGAGCUGAUUCUUCCGUUUCCGGCCGAUGCGGCGACCGAGGAUGCGACGCUGCCGUGUACGAUUACGCGCCGGCUGCGGCCUCCGCCUUGA